AUGGUGGAUUUCUCGAGUCCGGUGAAUGGGAUGGAGAAGCUUAAUGAUUUUAAUUAUAAUAAUUGGAGUACCUGCAUGCGGUAUUAUUUGCUUGGACAAGAUUUAUGGGAUAUUGUUGGCGGCAACAACACCACACCACCCACAAAUGAUAGUGAUUUAAGAAAGUGGAACGUCAAGUCAGAUCCUGAGAAUGCCAUCUCCGAGACAAGAAUGAGAAGAAUCAUACUUCACGGGUUAAGGCCGGAAUAUAAUGGUAUUGUUACGGCCACUCGUGGAUGGGCAAAUGAGCCAACUCUAACAGAGUUGGAAAAUAUAUUGGCCAAUCAAGAGGCCUUAGAUAAACAAAUCCCUAAGGUCUCAAUUAAAGAGGAUGAAAGUGCCCUCUUCAGUAAUAAAAGAAGGUUCAAGGGCCAGAAUAGAAAUAGAGCAGGUGCAAGAGAUGGCAAACCAUGGAAAAAUCAUGGAGAUUGGUGGAGGCAACCCGAAAAGAAGGGUUAUCAGCCAGGGGGAGCUCGUCAAGAUCGUGACGACAAUGACGAUGAAGACAAGACCAACAAAAGGCGUAGCAAACGGUGCUACAUUUGUGGCAAGGUAGGACAUAUUGCCAGAUUCUGUUGGUACAGGCGAGAAGAAGGAAAUGUCGUCACUUCUUGCAAGAAGGAGAUUGAAAGCGAAGAAGAAUGGGACUUUCAAGUGCCUGUUGCAAUGAAGGAACAAGAAGAGCUUGCAACAGCUUGUAUAGUUGAGUUGGAUAAUUCGACAAGUUCCAUCACGACCCCGAAUAAGAGCAAGCCAAGGGAGAACUCGAAGAAGCAACUAACAAUGCCAACAAGUAGUCAUGAAAAUAAAUUGCAUGAGAUGCAAGAUAUGAUAAAGAAGCUAAAAGUUGAGAAGGCAAAGGUGGAGAAUAUGUUGAAGAAAAGGGAUGAGAUGAUAAGGCAGAAGGAUCGAGAGCUCAAGGCAAAAGAAAGAGAGCUAGAGAAGUUCCGAUGUGAGUUCAAGAAGCCGUAG